CUUUGCAAUGCCAGCAAAGGCAAAUGGUGAGGCUCAGGGCCUGUUGACGUCCGUCGUUGUGGACGGCAGGAACUCAGACGCCAGUCCGAGGGAGGCCCCAGCAGCCGCACCACGUCUCCCCUCUCGCUCGUCCAACAACCAUUCUCGCUCGUCCAGCAGCCAUGCAGCAGCGUCCAAGGCGGCCGCCCGGAAAGCGAGCCGCAGGGCGGCCCCUCGGGAGAUAGAGGACAGCACGGCACGGAGCAGGCGGCUGCUGAUUUCGCCAGAGGACCAGGAGAACCAACUGCUCAAGAUAGCCUGUGUCCACGGCCCGGCGGCGCUGCUGACGUGUCUGCUGUCUCGCCAGGACGUGUGGUGGUGGGUGAGGAUGGGACUCAGGGCGGUGGAGGUGGCCAUUGGACCGAGACCCACAGAUAUACCAUACGUAUGCCAUGGCAAGAAAUAUGAUGGAUGGGCCUUUUGUGGAUAUGCCUGUCUGUCUGUCUGUCUGUGUGUCUGUACAGGUGGAUGAGUGUGACCCCACGGCGUAUGCCCAGGAGAUGAUCGAGAUGGGCUUCAUGGAACCCCUCGUCGCGGUCCUCCUCGCUUAUAUCGCACCAGACAGCUACACCCAAAGCCCCAGACGAGCCCGGCCAAGCAUCCUGCCGGCAGCUGAUGAGCCUCAGCAACCGACAGACGCCCAGAAAGGCCCCGCCGCUGCCCCCACGGCAUUGGCCAACAUCCAUCAGCAGCAGCAGCAGCAGCAGGCUGCGAAAGGCCCCAGGGUGAAUCUGAAUUUCAUGGAGCUGCAGACGAUUGGUCUCAAGAUAGUGGAGAGGCUUGUGACGGACGACGUGCAAUGGCGGACGGAGAUAUGUCGGGUGGGCGGGGUGCCGUGGCUGUGUGAGGUGGGCCGCGAGUACAGGGAAAGGGCCGCCGUGCUGUCAAGGGUUGUGGGGGUCAUUGCUUUCCUCGCGGCCGAGGAGCCUCUGGAGGUGUUUCUGCAGCGCCAUGACGCACUGGAUCGGGUGCUGUACGCCAUAUGCGCGUUCCCUGACGACCGUGAGAUGGUCACCAAGGCCUUGCUUGCCUUGUUGAACCUCACCAAAGCUCAGGGACAUGUGCUGGAAGUCAUGGAGAGGGACCUUGGUCAGUGAGUGAGAGAGAGUGAGAGAGUGAGAGAGAGAGAGAGAGGUUCUCACUUUAUUGUUCCCGCGCUUCUCUGUGCAGGGUUGCUUCCUGUGCUGGUGUUGGGUCGUCACUGGCACCUUGAUGUGGCUAUCAUGACCAUUCUGUGUGGUGUGCUGGCCCAUCUGGCCUCCAACCCCUCAUCCAGACAGACGCUCGUCGACAACAACAUAUUCGACACCCUCAAGUCGGCCCUCCGGCUGGACACGGCCAAUGCCACCCUCCAGGUACCCGAUAUCUCAUCAGCCGUGUGACGGUAUGAAUGGAGGCACGUACAUGUGUGUGGUGUUGGCAGGCCGCAGCGCUCAAGGCUGUGGUGCCCUUUGCCUUGAACAAGGACUUCUGGACCAAAAUGGAGGAGGAGGGUAUCAUCGACCUGGUCAGCGCUGAGCACGUGAUGUGAUGCCGGCAGAGAGACAGACAUGCAUGGUGCAAGCUGCAUGUAUUGUGUUAUCGACCCGUCUCACUGCGUCAUCAGGUUGCGGCAGCCCUGGUUGAGCACCCGACCGAUGUGGCGGUGAUGAAAUACGGCGAGUUCCUCAUGCGGCCCGAGAAGCCUGGCCGAUGCUUCACCGCACUCUCGUGAAUGGGAGAGGCAGGGAAUCCUCCCUGUAAAGUGCGUGCGACGUU